GGCCUCCAAUUGCCAUCAGCAACGGCACCACUUCCGUUCUACAAGGUACGCUAGUCGGACCCUGCAAUCCGACAUUCCGACUUUCAUGAUUUUCGGACUCGACUACGGCAAACUUUGAGUUCCACCGCAGCUUUCAACAGAGUCUGACGCAAUCGCGACUCACUCAAACAACGAGAUGAGCCAGAAGAGCGGAAUAAAAUGCUUUACGACCUCAACAUUGCCUGGUCGUCCUCGACCAGUGCCGCCGAGCUCUCACGCACCCUAAAAUUCAGCACCUCGCUCGGGUACAAUGUCGUCGCCCUCAACCACACUAUCAACCCGCCCUUCCCAGCGCAGACUGUAAACCCUCUCCCCAACCCCCCGCCAACUCCGGCAUCAAAGGCCGGCAACUCCAAAAUCGCAACCGCCAACUACGAGCAACCCGAAAUCCUUCAUCGCGUCACCGUGAUCCUCUAUGAAGCAUUGUCCAGCAACCGCCUGCCCCAGGUCGCCCAGGCCUUUGACAUUCUCGCCAUCCGCCCGAUGACCGCGUGGGCCUUCCAGGCGGCGUGCCUAAGCAUUGCCGAGGCGUCUCUCAUUUCUCCUGAUUUUACGCAGCAGUUCGAUUUUCACUUCGCACCUAAGACGUGCAUGGCAGCUGUGAAUCGCGGCAUGCGCUUCGAGAUUUGUUAUGCACAGUUUCUGCUGGCCGAUGCCAGGGGCAGGUCCAACUUCAUUGGGAAUGUCAUGAGUCUGAUGCGUGCGACGAAGGGAAGGGGACUGGUUGUGAGCAGCGAGGCGAAGGGCGUCAUGGGACUGCGUGGGCCGGCGGAUGUGGCGAAUCUGCUCGCGGUAUGGGGCUUGGGGACGGAGCGGGGGAUGGAAGCACUGGGUGUCAAUCCCAGAGCCGUCGUGGUCAACGAGGGCAUCAAGAGGACUUCGUUCAGAGGCGUGAUUGAUAUUGUGCAAGUUGCCCAGCGGGAAGCAGGUGAUAAGAUGGAGGGGAUCGAAACAGAAAAGUCAGCGGCUAAGGAAAAGGGGAAGGGGUUAAGCAACGAAAACGGCGGGAAUGGGAAAAAGCGGAAGGACGGCGACAACACGACUGGCGAGGCACCCUUGAGCAAGCGGCAGGCGAAGAAAAUGAAGAAACUCGCCGUGAUGGAAGGCAAGCCGUCGGGGAAUAAGGCAUAGAGAGGCUUGCGCAAGCCGCAAAAGUAUGGCGUUAGGGAAGAUACCCCGGAAUAGAGUUGCUUUGCUCACCCCUUAGCCUGGCGCAAUUCUUGCGCUGGUGCCCUAUGUCGUUUCGGUGAGAAUUCCGUCCUGUUAGAACACACAUUGCAUUUCACCAUACGUAGCACUGACUAGAAGUGGUGGGUUAAUUGAACAGUUAGAAGUAGUAUAUCCCUACUCAAGCAGCCACACUGGAUACGUACGAAAGACAGUACCGGGCCAUAGUUGUGUUCCAUCAAUUAUGUUCGCACUCUCUUUGUGAA